AUGGGCAAAGCAACACACAUCAUCCGCUUCGUUGCGAGCGAGGACAACCGCAUCCACCUGGGCCAGUUGGUUGAUACCUCUCGAGACAUUGGCGUGGACAGCGUCGAAGGCAAGGAGAUCAAGGCCUAUCUGAUCAACGGCACCAUCUUCGCGCCCGAGGUCACGGAACAUAUUUACACGGUCAAGCAGCUGCUGAGCCCCGUGUCGCCCGAGGACUGCAACUACAUCCGGUGUCUGGGCUUGAACUACAUGGAUCACGCAAAUGAAGCAAACAUGGCGCUCCCCAAGGCUCCCAUCCUCUUCACCAAGCCGCGCACCGCGCUGGCCGACCCCUACCCGGCCGUGAUUCCCAUCCCUAAAGCCGCGCAGGAUGGCACCUCGGACUACGAGGCCGAGCUGUGCGUGGUGAUUGGUAAGACUGGGCGAGACAUCCCCGAGGACAAGGCCCUCGACUACGUCCUGGGAUAUACCUGCAGCAAUGACGUCUCGGCGCGGACCAUGCAGAUGUUGACCACGCAAUGGUCCUUCUCCAAGGGGUUGGAUGGAAGCUGUCCGCUGGGACCCGUGCUGGUGACCAAGGACGCGAUCGCCGAUCCGCAGAGCCUGAAGAUCAAAGCGAUAUACAACGGACAGGUCGUGCAGGACGGGAACACAAAAGACAUGAUCUUCCCCAUCGCCAAGCAGAUCAGCUACCUCUCGCAAGGCACGACGCUGGAAGCCGGCACCAUCUUCCUGACCGGCACGCCCGCGGGCAUUGGCUACUUCCGCAACCCGCGCGUGGUCCUCGAGCACGGCGGCGACAUCCGCGUCGAGAUCGAGAAGAUUGGCACCCUGGUCAACAAGGUGCGGUAUGAGGAGUGGUGA